AUGGACUCCCCGGGAUGUCUGCCCGGUGCCGGCCUGGCCGACUUGAUAAGGACAGCCCAGCUUCUCGCCGAUCGAUAUGCUCAAAUGUCGAACAGUCUCAACACUGCUCCCGUCACCUUGGCUGCGCUCGCCAAAGAAUGCAAGGCUGUCACCGAUGCUCUUCGACGAUUCAAGUACCUCCGUCAGACUAUUCCCGAGACCCUCGUAUUCGACCCCGUUCUCCUCGACGAAUCUUGCCACGAAGCCCUGGAUGCCGUCGCGACCAAUCUUUCACAGCUGGACUUCUACAGCGCGCGAAUCCGCCCUGCCACGAGCGACAGCGCCGUCGACGUCUCCAAUGGCCAACUCACCAUUAUCUGGAACGAAGACACUCUAAGGCAGAUCCAUCGCCAGCUAAGAACAAGCCGUCAAUCUCUCGCUUUCCUAUUGAACUGUGUUCCAAGCGAGCAUGUGACGUCCAAGAACCACUCCACAUUCAUGCACUCAUCCCGCCUCGUCCCUUGGGACUGUGCUAUAAGCCCGGCUGUUUUGAACAAGGGCAGUCGAUUGCGUCUGUCAACAAUCGGGCCACGAAACCGUCCAGAUGUCUCGUCUAGCAUGCGAACAACCAAGGAGCUGCACGAUGCCAUCGAUCGAGGGGACGAGGCCACUGUCGUGAAGCUUCUGCUGCAACGGAUCGACCCGAAUGCGCCUAGUUUUGGAUCCAAGAUCACCCCGCUACGUCGAGCUCUCAGCCGGCAGCUUCCAUCGAUUGCGACUUUCGUCGCCAUCGCGGGAGCAGACCUGGAGCACCGCGGCGAGGAUGGCGACACGGCGCUCAUCACUGCUGUCAAACAAGAUUUCUCAGACAAAUACGUCUCCUUGCUCUGCGAUCUCGGCGCUUCAGUCAAUGCGGUAGACGCAUUGGGGUGCUCAGCUCUUCACUAUGCUGCCAUGUCUUCAAACGAAGACGACGACACUCUAGCUGUUCUGAUACAUGCUGGAGCCGACGUUGACCGCCGAGACUUGGGUGGGCGGACGCCAUUAUUAGCAGCUGUGCAAAACUACCGUUUCAAGUCGAUAGAGAGGCUCCUCGAGUUCGGCGCAGACUUGGAAGCUCGCUUGCACAAUGGACGCACGGCACUCCACGUCGCCAUCUCAAUGCGCAGCUGCCCCUUGGUGGAGUUUCUCUCCGACCAAGGCGCCUAUCUUGAUCGGCGAGUCAACGAACACACCGCUCUGACCUUCGCGAUCGCCGUGGCAUGCCCUGAUAUUGCCGAGGUGCUGGUCCAGGCGGGCGCUAAUGUUGACCACCCCAGCACAAAAGGGAACUUUCCGCUUCUCGCUGCCGCUGCUGCCGGCGACCUACGCACCAUGAAGCUUUUGCUCUCUCGGGGCGCGAGGCUGGACGCCGUCGGCGGCGAAGGGUAUCUACCCAUCCACAUGGCAGCCCACAAGAACCGAGUCGAGAUCUUGCAUCUUUUGUUCAAGUCCGACUCACCCAUCGACCCCUUGACAGAGCACGGUGAGACUCCCCUCACUAUAGCAAUGCACUUGGGGUGUUACGAGGCGGCCCAGUUCCUGAUUGAAAUCGGAGCAAAUGUCGACCACGCUGCACCUGGUGCAGAAAGAAUCAUCAGCCAGGCACUCAAAGCCGGAAACACGCGCAUUGCAAUGGCUCUCGUCCGAGGCGGAGCAGAUCUCACUACACCCCUGAGACGAGAAACCAGCAUGACCCCGAUACAUCAAGCAGCUCACCUAGGACAGAACGAUGUGAUUGCAACGAUGAUUAAGGCUGGUGUUGAUCUCGACACAAGGACUUGGCCUGGGUACACACCUCUAUUCUUUGCAGCGGAGGCUGGACACAUUGCUACUGUCCGCCUUCUGCUCGCCGGCGGCGCCCACCUCCGAGAACGAUCAAAGUCAUGCGGAAACCUCCUCUUCGUGAGUACGGCCCAUCCUGCGAUGAUGAAGUUCCUAAUUGAGUUGGGCCUCGACCCCAACGAGCGCGAUCACCACGGCGCCACGCCACUUCAUUAUGCAGCCCUAAAUGGCCAUGCUACUACGGUGAAGCUGCUCUUACAACGAGGCGCGAGGAUGACGCAUGCAAGUGCAGUCUUCGAGACACUAGCUGACUACAAGACAAAAUCUACCUAUCGACAAGGUACUCCUGCCGGCUUAGCCAGGCAGAAGGAACACAUCAAAGUUGCUCGGCUGCUUGAAGGCUGGAAGUUCAAGAAACCCCCACAUCCUGCAUGA